AUGAGCAGAAAAAACUCUCCUGAAAAAAUUCCAUUAUCAACACAUUCAGCCAGAAAUUAAGGUAAAGGUCUAAAUAUUAUUGAUCUUAUUACAAAGAAGAACUUUUAAGAAUAAGCACCAUCUACUAUUUUAUUUUCAGAUGAAAUAAAAAAACUAAAAUCAUGUGACAUGUGUUUAUAAUUAUAAAACGAACUUGACAAUCAUGUUAAAUAAGAUAGAUUUUAAUUAGUUAUUGAGAAACUAUGGAAAAAGUUUAGGAAAAUUGAAGAUGAAAAUUAAAAACUCUUAAUAAAAAUUGGUAACCUUGAAAGAUCACUUAUAGAAUAAUAAGAACUCUUUUAAGCAUUUAAUAACUAAUAUAUUAAUAAGUUUGGAUUGGAUUAACCUUAAGUUUCAUAUAAAUACAUUACAUUAGAAUAAGAAUAACUUGAAAGGUUAGAAAAAAAAGUUUCUAAAGAUGCACAAAAAGGAAUUAAAAACAUCGAAGAUAAUCUUAUAAAAAAUUUAAAUAAAGAAAUAUAAGCUAAAUUUAACUUUAUUUAAGAAUAUUAAUUAGAAACUAAUCUNA